CUCUGACGCAUCGACUGCAGGACCGCACACAAUCUAACACCAGGACAGAAGAGUGUAAUACCCAAACGAUGAGAGUGUGUGUGCUGACGAUGGCGCUGACGGUGGCGCUGGCGGUCGCUCUUCCUUCGCAGUGCAGCGCCGCGGACUGGGGGGCGUUCAUGCCCUCCAUCGCGACGAGAUUAACAGGAUUGUGGGAGACGGGAGAGCUGGAGUUGCUGGAACACUACUGCGUCUACAGCGUGAAGCCAACAUUCCAGCGGUGGCAGUUGUACUUCAUCGGCAGCAUGUGGUGUCCCGGAUGGACACCCAUUAGGGGCGUGGCCGAAACGCGCAGCAGGUCGGGAGUGGUUGGGAAAAUGACACAAGAUUUCGUCAGGAAAGCCUUAAGAGCGGGUCUUUUGUCUGAAGAAGAGGCCCAAGACUGGCUCAGUCAUUGACAAGCUGCUGAUGAAUAUGAGUCAAGCGAAUUUUACAUCAUAAAUUAUUGACUUUAUCUGUACAUAUACGAAGUAUUUUGAAGUACAUAAUCUUAACAUAC